UCCACCGUUCACCAGGCUCCAGAGAAUCCCGGCGGUAGCCACCGGUGUGCGAGACCUUGGGAACGACUCCCAGCGGCGGCCCGCGGCGACCCAGCGCUCAGAAGUGUGGAAGCUCAUGGGGCUGGUGCACCCUGAGCGCGGGAGGCUGUCAGCCGCUGUUGGGUUUCUUGCUGUGUCCAGUGUCAUCACCAUGUCUGCCCCUUUCUUCCUGGGGAAGAUCAUUGAUGUUAUUUACACCAACCCAAGUGCGGACUAUAGCGACAGCCUGACUCGCCUCUGUGCUGGACUCACUUGUGUGUUCCUGUGUGGUGCUGCUGCGAACGCCAUUCGUGUCUACCUCAUGCAAUCUUCAGGUCAGAGCAUUGUGAACAGGCUACGCACCUCACUGUUCUCCUCUAUCCUAAGGCAAGAGGUUGCUUUCUUUGAUAAGACCCGCACAGGAGAGUUGAUUAACCGCCUGUCCUCAGAUACUGCACUCCUGGGGCGCUCAGUGACUGAAAACCUCUCUGAUGGACUGAGGGCUGGGGCCCAGGCCUCGGUUGGUGUUGGCAUGAUGUUUUUUGUGUCACCCAGUCUGGCCACCUUUGUUCUGAGUGUGGUACCUCCGAUCUCUAUCCUCGCCGUGAUUUAUGGGCGAUAUCUACGGAAACUGUCCAAAGCCACACAGGACUCUUUGGCACAAGCCACACAGCUAGCUGAGGAGCGUAUUGGAAACAUAAGAACCAUCCGAGCUUUUGGGAAGGAGACGCUAGAAGUGGAGAAAUACAGCAGCCAAGUGGACCGGUUGCUGCAGCUAGCACGGAAGGAGGCCUUCGCGAGAGCCGGCUUCUUUGGAGCAGCUGGGCUCUCGGGCAACCUGAUUGUGCUGUCUGUCCUGUACAAGGGGGGCCUGCUGAUGGGCAGCGCCCAUAUGACAGUGGGCGAACUCUCCUCCUUCCUCAUGUACGCUUUCUGGGUUGGAUUGAGCAUUGGAGGUCUAAGUUCAUUCUACUCCGAGCUGAUGAAAGGCCUGGGUGCUGGUGGGCGGCUCUGGGAGCUGCUGGAGAGACAGCCACAACUGCCUUUUAAUGAGGGAACUGUGUUAGAUGAGAAAAGCUUUCAGGGUGCUCUGGAGUUCAGAAAUGUGCACUUCACGUACCCUGCUCGGCCAGAAGUAUCUGUGUUCCAUGAUUUCAGUCUUUCCAUUCCAUCUGGAUCUGUCACAGCACUGGUUGGCCCCAGUGGUUCUGGAAAAUCAACAGUUGUCUCACUCCUGCUGCGGUUGUAUGACCCUGUUUCUGGAACUGUCAGUCUUGAUGGCCACGACAUUCGUCAGCUAAACCCCACCUGGCUGAGAUCCAAGGUUGGGACAGUCAGUCAGGAGCCAGUCCUGUUUUCCUGCUCUGUCGCAGAAAACAUUGCCUAUGGUGCUGACAACCCAUCCUCAGUCACAGCCCAGCAGGUGGAGAGGGCAGCAGAAGUGGCCAAUGCUGCGGAAUUCAUUCGUAGAUUCCCACAGGGUUUCAGCACUGUGGUCGGGGAGAAGGGCAUCCUCCUGUCUGGUGGGCAGAAACAAAGGAUUGCAAUAGCCAGGGCCCUGCUGAAGAACCCCAAAAUUCUUCUCCUUGAUGAAGCAACCAGUGCGCUGGAUGCUGAAAAUGAGCAUCUGGUACAGGAGGCACUUGACCGGCUGAUGGAAGGAAGAACAGUGUUGAUCAUAGCUCACCGCCUGUCCACUAUUAAGAAUGCCAAUUUUGUUGCUGUCCUUGACCAAGGAAAGAUCGUUGAACAUGGGACACAUGAAGAGCUACUUUUGAAGCCCAAUGGGCUUUACAGAAAACUAAUGAACAAACAGAGUUUUAUGUCAGUAUAAUGGAGCUGUCCCACAGUAUACAACCUGGAGCUGUCACAGUAUACAACCUGUAAUCCCAGCUAUUGGGAAACUGGAGCAGGAGGAUUGUGAAGACUUCGUCACAUACAUAGCAAGACCCUGUCUGAAAAGAAACAAA